AUGGCUUUCCGCGAAGCUUCAUCCAAUUUCCCACUCUUGCUCAGACUUCUUUACACACCUUCGGGAUUGCUGCAACGUCUUCAUUUUGUUCGAGCAUUUAAACUGUUAAAAUUAUACGAGAUGGAGAAAAAUUCUAAAAUGUCUUCCUAUGUACUGUGCAAUGACUUUCCGACAUCCCAAUCGACUCUAUUUUCUCAUUCUCAAAAUCUCAUCUUCUCGCAAGUGAAUACAUUAUUGACUGAGUGGAAACAAUUAGAUAUUUCUCUUGAAACAAGUUCAGAGAGAUUGUAUGAAAUGUUAAAAAAGGCUGGUCAGCAGGAACGAGUCUAUUCACAAUUAGAAGUGGAUGCAUUUUACUUUAAGGAAGCCCGUCAAAAUUCAGAGGAAAAUUUUGAAUUCAGUAAUGAAGCAACAAAGAAGCUGCAUCACCCUCUUUUUCACUCAUCCAAAAUUGCAUCCAUAGACAAUGAAGUGAGUUCUGAAGCUCGCUCUCAACUCGAAACUUUGCAACGUAUUGAAAUGUACAGAUUGGAAAAACUUUCAAAACAAGUACAUGAUAAAUUGGGAUGGUGCCCAAUACUUUGGAAAGAUUCACACCAACAUCAUGUCUAUAUCAAAGGACAUUGCAAACGAGGUCAAGUUAUUGGUAUUUUUCCAGGAAUGGUAUACUCUGACAACAGCUUAAAAAAGGCUAAGGAGAAGUUCAAUCAAACAAUAUCACAUCAAGUCGAGUCAUUGAACAUUGUCAAUAGAUUUUUGGAGGAGAAUAUGCAACCCUAUUUACCCAAAACUGCAAACAAUCAAGUAUUAAUUAAUGGCAAUUUAGAAAGCGAACUCUUUUUCAAUACCAUGUAUAAUCACGAUGAUGUGUUUGAGAACAUGUCCUUGUCAUUUAACAACGAAUCGCAACAAGGUUUCAGAAAAGAAGGCUUUCAAAACAAAAUACACCGAAUUCUUAGUGAAGAUGAAAAUAAUAUGGAUCAAUAUGGACAUUAUAUCGGAACACGAUUCAUUCAUCCCUUCUCGUUGGUACAUAAGGCCUAUCACGGGAAGUUGUCGAAUGUGAUUGCUUUCCCAUUUGUUGUUCCUUCUUGUCUUCAUCCAACACUGAUCCCCUACAUUCCGAACAAGAUGUUCGAUAACAAAAAAGUAUUGAUUUCUGGAACCAAUCUAAUACAGAGCGUAGUGUACAUUGCAGAAAGAGAUUUACAUGACGAAGCUGUGAUUGUGGAGCCACUGCUCAUGUGA